GUGACUGAGCACCGUGAGGUCGUCUGCUGUGGUUAGUUUAUGGUUUAUUCUCAUACUUAGGAGCUGUUUUCUAUGAGGAUUUUACAGCCCGGAUUAAUGUUGACGUCCUCCCGUCUUUUUCAGUCGGUAACGCUCGGUGUCAUCAGUUGAUCCGUGUUGUCAUCGUGACAGUUAAACUAGCGGAUAGAGUAGCUUCAGGCUAUUUUAACCUUAAAGUGGAAGUACUUCAUGGAAAUACGAGGAUUCACAUUUGUUUAUUAUCCACUAAGCUAAAUGCACAGGACUCGAAAACAGACUUGACAUGUCAAGAAGCUUUUCAUUGAACUUGUGUAGUGGCUAUGGGCUAGCCAUCACUUCACAUAAAUGAAUCCUAACUGUUUUAAACGGAAAGUGAAAGACGAACUGCCUCUGCUUUACUUUACAACAUGUUAUUUACAAGCUAAGACGAACAAGAUGGAGUGUUUGCUGACCCGUAAUUGAGGUUGUAAACAUGAGUUUCACAGCAUAAGUUGUGUGUGAUUCCAUGUCCCUCCAUGCCUUUUUUGGCAUCUAAUGGAAGAAAAAUCACAUAUCAGGUCCGCCAUGGUAUCCAGACUGCCUAAGUUCGGUGGACGCUCCUCGACUGGUGCUGCCAGCCCCUUGUCCAAUGGUUCUACACACCCGACCACCCCCACUCAGGAUGGAAAGACCACUCCCUCAGGAACACGGCCAAAUGGCGUAAUCCGAGCCUCUUCAUUUUCCUUCAAAUGGAAGAGAGACGAGGGGACGACCCCCUCGAGCCCCACCAGCCCUGAGGAUGGGGUUGAAGAAAAGGCUCAGACACUGCUCCCCCCUCUGGUAAAGGAGGUGAGAAAUGGCUCUCCAUCGACGCCCAAGAUGCGGAGGUCAGGUGUUUUGACGGUGGCUAUCUCCAGUCCCAAGGCCAUCCCCAAGCAAUCCUUGAAGAUGAGUCCCAAAGUAGUGACCAAGCUAGACCAAAGCCCACUGAACGGAGGUCCUAAAAUUGCAGCCCAUAAUGGCUUCAGCAGUCCAGUUCGAACGGGGUCAGAAUCCCGACUUGUGCGGCCGAGAGCAGGCUCCAGCUCUCCCAGAAGCAGCUCUCAAGACAGCCUGUACCAGUCAAGUGAUAGCCUGAAGACCUUGGCACUUGACAACAUGGUGCGCUCAAACAGCUUCACUCACUUCAAGCAGAUUCCCUCACCCACCAGCCAGCCUAUGACGCGGUCCUUCUCCUUCAACCGGGCUGUAGAGCUAGCCAAGCCUCUGGCAAACACUCAGCUCCGGCCUCCUCGCAGUAGUUUUCUCAAACCCCCUCAGCUGAGCAAUGGAAGAGUGGGUUUAGGACUCGGAGGCCUGAAUAGCGGCCUUGGAGGUCUAGGUGGAGGACUUCAGUACAGUAGACCACCUUCAGCUGCCUCUUCUCUCCCCACUCUCUCAAUCCCUCCAGCGCCCACUACUCCUAGUCCUCUGAGAAAGCCUCUGCUCCCUAGCUGUGUGCUCAACAAGUCAUUGGGAAGCAGUGGUUUGUCUUUGGGCUACAGGCCGGCUCGAUCUGGGCAGACCAAGCAGCAAAAGCCACUUUUUCCAUGUAGGGUCAAGGGGGAUAUCAGACCUUCAACUGCCCCUGAAUUUGCAGGGCUAUUAGGGAUAGCAAUAGACAUUGAGCGGACUAGUGAGACUGCAAAAGCAGUCUCUCCCAGUGACAGUGAUGGAAGCUCCGGAGGAGGAAAAGGAGAAAAAAGUGUGCUUAAGAUCUCUGGCCAGACAGCAGGUGAGACUUUGGAGGACAUGUCCUUAUCCUCGGCCUCCUCUCUAGACAGAGGCGACACCAGUGAAGAUUUUCUAGAUGACUUUGACUGUCUGGGAGAUGGGUUCAGUGAUGGGGACCUGCCUGACAACAGAAGAACUGACAGCACUACUCAAACCCGCUUACACAGCUUUCUCAAUGAGAGCCUUGACUGGGACACUAUGGAUCUGGCAGGACAUAAAGAAGAGAGCCCUAUGCAGGACUCUCAGGGACCGCUGGGCUUGUCUUCAGAGCCGGCUGACGUCCUUCAGGCUUCGUCUGUGGAGAUGUCGCCCUCCAACAGCUCUGGUGGAACCUACAUGUGGGAUGAGGAUGGUCUCGAUCCACUUGGGGGGCCGGGGACACAUCCAUGUGACAGCUAUGAUGAUUCAGACCUCAACAGCAUUGAUAUGCUUAACAACCUGGACCCUCCGGCAUCAGGAGAGCUGGAUGAGGAUGACCUCAUGCUGGAUGUGGACCUCCCAGAGGAAGGCUUGCAUGACGCUGACAGGAUGUCCCACUUUGAGCGCUCAGAGAGGGCCGGUCGGCAAGGGCAGCGGCGUAGACACCAUCGCUGGAGUGGACCAGAUAACUUCUACAAUGAUAGCAGGGCCCAUGUUGUUCAACACUAUGACGGUCUCAAGGCUUCGAGGAUCUCUUCACGCUCUGUCCCCUCUGAAGGCAGGCAGCAUGGCUACAUGGCGAUGCUGGAUGAACUCACACUCGAACACGUGACUCAGGACUGCGGCUCGCUGAAGAACCAGCUGCUCAGGCUCAAAACAAUGCUACAGCUUGAGGAUACUGACUCUCCAGCAGAUGUUCCUGAAUAUAUUGAAGACAAUACAACUGCAUCACAGUUGGAGGAGCUGAUCAAGGAAGUGCAGGUGCUCAGAGAGGAGCUGAGGAGCCGAGACAAGACCAUCGCUCAGCUCACAUUGCAGUGUCAACAGUUACAACAUCAGCGGGAACCAAUGCCUGCACAGGGGCGGCCGGUCAGAUGUCAGUGUCACCACCAGAGGGCGCCCUCUUCACUACGACAGGGAGACAGACAGAUGGACAGGCGGACGCAGCAUCACUAUGACAAAGCCACGCAGACCUACUGGAGACCACCGAGCCACGCUCCUCAAAUACUUCAGCCUUUCAACCCCUGCCUCAACGAGCACCUCCACCAGGGAAGACAAGUAAAAACUCCCCCCACCGAGGGCCACAGUGACUUCACAAGGAGUAGAUCAGAGGAAGAAGGAACGCACAGUGAUGCUUGUCGUCCUCCUGAUGACCUCAUGGCAGAUGUGUCUGGGCCGGCAGACCCUGACGGGCUGCCUCGUCUCCUCCGCACCCACCUACGUCCUGCAGCUCCACAGGGAGUCGCUGCCAGAGACAGUGCAGCAUCAGAAGCUCAGUCUGCAGCCCAGCGUGGAGGGGGGGCACCCGCUGUGAUUUCGCAGAGCUCUGUCACUCCUAAAUCUGCUGGUUCCUCUAGCCCUCGCAUGCUGCAGCCCCCUCGCCUUCACAAGCGCGUGUCUCUUCCCGCACUCAAGCCAGGGGGCACUGGUAGCUUCGCCUCUCUGAAGCCGGGCUGCUCUUUAGGACCCCUGGCUAACCGGACCAAGCAGCAGCCCCCUCCGUCUAGAGGCCUUCCCUGCUUUAACGCUGGACCCCAGGUUCAGUCUCUAAGUCUGUGUCGCACUUCACUGCUUCAGCCUCGCAGAGCAUCAGAGCCUUUCAGUGAUCUGCGGGGCUCCCACUCCAGCCUGGAGGAGCCCAAUCAGGGGACACUCAGAGACCCUCGGUCAGCCAGGAUCCUGAUCCCUUUGAGUCGCUCAGGCCUCCCCAAGCCAAAGAUUCCCUGAGGAGCCUAAUCUCACCCGUCAGAACUUUAAACAGGAUUCACUCUGACAUUGAUAUUCACCCCCUACCCCCUUUAGACAUUAUAACAGUGUCACUGUGUUUCAUUUUGGAUGUCACAAGAACAUACACUGAGCUCAUUAACCCACAUGGACCAAUCAGGGACUGCCUGUGUCACUGACAUUGGUUUUGUGACUGCGGCAUUCACAUCUACAACUCCCACAUGAUUGACUGAUUUAAAUAAAGUAUGAGCAGGA